AUGUCACCGGCACAAGAUCAGUACUACUACGUUAUUCCCAACGUCAGCACCAUGGACCCCAACGCUAGGGAAGUCGACCUCGCCUCCCAGAGCUGGAUCCAAGCCACCAUCAUCGAGGACGAUGACCUCAUGUUCGGCGGCAAGUCGCUGAGCACUUGGUACGAGGAGGAGAGGAGACGUUUGAGCAACACCUCGUCAGACGAGGAGGAGCAUCGCGGUCGCCAGAGGUCUCAGUCUCAACCGAAGCAGCACGUGGCUAACAUUCCCAAGGUCCGCAAGCACCACUCCUCCCACAAGCACCACCACCAUCACCACCACCAGUCGGCCCAGCACACCGGCUCCUCCGACAAGAAGCACUGA